AUGAUAUUCGAGGAAGUCGGUCUGAGCGGUGAAGCUGCCAUCUUCGCCACAAUUGGUGUGGGCACAGUGAACCUCCUAACAACGUUCAUACAAAUGUAUUACAUUGAUCAUCCAAAAUCUGGCCGAAUCCAAUUGCUCACGAUCGGUACUGUUGGUAUGAUUGCGUCAACAGCGAUGUUGACGGUGGCAGUCACAUUCAAAGGAGAACACGCUUGCGAAGUUAUGGCGCCUUGCCUGUCGGCUGAUGUUUUCGUCUUCUCCAUUUGCUCUCUCUUGGACGGUUGA